AUACUAUUAAUAUGCUAAAAAUUAAAUUUAUCAAUUUCAAUUUGAUCAAUUUUAUAAAAAAUGAUUAUUUAUAAAAUAUAUUGUACUUGGAUAAAUUUUCUUUACAAUUCCCAGUUAUUCAUACCGUUAAGUUAUAUAACGAAGAUUUACAAGUGGCAUCACUGUAUAUUAUGCAUGAUUAUUGAUAUCAGUAUUAUAUACUAUGUGCAACAGCGAUAAGGCAUUGUGGAUAAUAAUAUGUGCAUUCGUUUAAAAUUAAAUUAAUUUUAGCUUAUUUGAAAUGUCAAUAAAUAUAAAUGAAAAUCAUCAAAUAACAUUGCUGUUUAAAAAUGUUUAAAUUCAAUUUUAAUAAAGAUGACAUGGAUACAUCUACAUUACCUGAAAAUCAGGUGAUUGAAACAGAUGAACUGAAUGUACCUAAUACAUUAUUUCCUUUGCCAUAUACAAUCUUGAAUGUAGGGGACCGGCAAUUAAAACUUGGUCAGACAUUUUCCACUAGCAUCGAUUCAGAUCUUAUUCCUGGUAUAUAUGAAGGUGGAUAUAAACUUUGGGAGUGUACCUUGGAUCUCUUAGAAUAUUUGAGUAAACACACUACAUAUUUUGAUGGAAAAUCAGUUUUGGAUUUGGGUUGUGGAACUGGUCUUUUGGGCAUCUUCACAUUGAUUGCUGGUGCUCAAAAUGUUGAUUUUCAAGAUUACAACAAAGAAGUAUUAAUCAGAACAACUAUGAAUAAUGUAUUAUUAAACUGUGAAGAAAAAAUAAAAGCUUGUAAGUAUUAUUCAGGUGAUUGGGAAUCAUUUAAUGUAUUCAAUGAAGAUACUUACGACCUAAUUUUAACAUCAGAAACUAUAUACAAUUUAAGUAACUAUAAGAAACUUAUAAAUUUAUUUGAAAAAAAAUUAAAACCAUCUGGAUGUGUUUUAUUAAUUGCUAAAAAUUAUUACUUCGGUGUAGGUGGUUCAAUAAAUGAAUUUGUACAUUGUUUAAAAUCAACUAAAAUGAUUAGUGAUACUGUAUGGUCAAGUACAGAUGGAGUCAAAAAAACCAUACUUAAAAUUCAUUUUUGAUUGUUAUUUGUAUUUAUUUU